AUGGAAACGGGACCCAAGGGAGGUCCUGGCGGCCGAAAGGACUGUCAGGAAAUCUGCUCCCCGGGACUACUGGUCUUCGCCGGCUCCUCGGAACAGGACGCCAACUUGGCGAAGCAGUUCUGGAUAUCGGCGUCGAUGUACCCCCCUAAUGAAUCUCAGCUGGUGCUGCGCCGGGGGAGCAGCCAGCGGCUGCCGGUGGCCCGGCCCUCCAGGUGCAGCGUGCCUGACAAAAGUCACUCCCAGUCUUUUCAACUCGAGAAUGACAAGAGCAGAGACCUCGCUAUGGAAGCCCUAAAGAUUCAGGAAUCUAAGGAGAAAGCAAAGUAUCUUCAAAAGUCAGAGUCUUCCUCUGUCUCCCAAGCUAGAGUGCAGGGGCAUCAUCAUAGCUCACUUCAAAAGACUCACCCACUUUUUUCCUUUAUACAGGCUAAAACGAGAGAGGAGAUUCUCCAACUCUUAAGAAAACAAAGAGAGGAGAGGAUCUUGAAAGAGCUGGUUUCUCGCCCUUAUAAACCACGGGCCAAAGUACAGAAGGCAAAGAAAGUGACAUCGGAGUCAGAUAAAGAGGAGCAUGAAGCCGUCAGAGCCUUGGACUGA